GACUCAUACCUUUCUUUUGUUGCUUUUUUCGUCACAACAGUCCCUAUCUCUGUGGCGAUACAGGCUAGCACCACUGAAGUUCUCGAGUUUCAGACCGUAACGGUCAACUGCACCGUGUCAGGCUCUCGCAUCAAGGGCAAGCUGACAGGGAACGGCGGACCUCUCACCAGUGAGUCAGGCAGCCUAAAAGGCUCAGUCGUCAUUACCACACAUCCAACGGCAAGGCGGGACAUGGAGACCUUUGUUUGUGAGGGAAGCAAUGAUCUGGGAGCCACCUUCACAAAUCUGGAUAUCAAAGUUCACUAUGGGCCUGAUGAUGACACCGCCGUGAUGGCCACACCCAAAGGCCCGUCGUACCGCACCGGCUCUGACGUGGUUCUGCGCUGCUCGUCCGUGUCCAGCCCCGCCGCCCAGAUCCAGUGGGCUCGGAAUGGCACCCUGAUGGGCAGGGAGGAGCCAGAGCUCAAACUGGAGAAUGUUCAGCCCAGUCAGAGCGGGGGCUACAGCUGCUGGGCUAAAAACACCAAGACUGGCAAGAAUGUGCAGUCGAAACCCCUAUACAUAAGAGUGUCACAGACAGGCUUGAGCGAUGGAGACAUUGCCGGCAUAGUGAUUGGGUCAGUGCUGGCUGUAGUCGCCUUGAUUGCCAUUUUGCUGCUUGUAUUGGGAUUCAGGUGCCAGCCAUCAAAAGGAUUCUACAGGAAAACUUCUACUGAAACUGACUCACCUUGAGUUGAGUGUGGAUGAAGGACCAUAUGGCUGUACCUUAUAGACUUUUAAAUCAAGACUACAGAAUUUUCUUUGAGAAUUUGUAUUUCUCACAACAAGAAUUACAGGUUAUUGUUCUUUUUUUUCUUCUUUAAGUUAUGAAGGAUUUGGACAUGCCUCUAUCUCAUUACACUGUAGCUAUUUGUUUCAUGGGGGACCAAGAAGACCAAUAUGGGGACCAUGUAUGAUGCAGACUCCAAUCACUUUGGUUACCACACCCAGUAAUUCUUUACAGAAUAUUUCUCUUUAAAAGGUCAUCAUUUUAUUUUUUUAGUUGAAUAGAGUUCAGAUGCAAAACCCCCUAAUGCCAUUUCUGAAGACCUGCACUUCUAUAUUUUUAGAGAACCCCGUUGUUGGUUUGGUUUACAUUCAUGUACUUGAUAAUACAUAUCAAUA